AUGGCCGAGUUGCUUUUCAUUACUCCAAUAGAGAAGAAGAACGUUAAGAAACCAUCCUGGAGAGGUAUCCCACGUGUUUCUUUCACACGCCCAGCUGUCGCUGCUGAAGUUGAUCCACUCGUUAAGCCAGCAUGCGCUGCUAAGCCAGUUGAAACACGCCCAUCCCUCAAGGUUGGUACAGUUGUCAUCGUUGUUGGUGGCGAGCACCAGGGCAAGCGCGCUGUCGUCGUUGCUGACCAAGGCGCUGGUAUCGUUAAGAUUGCUGGUCCAGUUGUCCCAGUCAACGAAAUUUCUCAGGACUACCUCAUCGCUACAUCAACAUCAAUCGAAGUUGCUGCCAACGCUACAGAAGCUCAGGUUGAGGCCGCUGCUGCUAAGGUCCCAGAAAUGGUCGAGUACCUUAAGGCUCCAUUCACAAUCAAGAAGGGAGACCGCGUCCAUUUAAUGAAGUUCUAA